CCACUAUCAAUGAAACAUGUCAAUUCAAGAAUCAACACAAGAUCAUAUAUAGUUUUGUACUAAUAUAUAUAACAAUAUCUUAUAUGGAAAAGUUGAAGAAUUUAGUUUGAGGUUCAUAAUGGGUGUUUUCUAUCAUGAAGAGGAGCAAGCAAACCAUUCCAAGAGAUGCAAAUUCUUUGCAGUUAGUCUCAAGGAAGUGUUUUCCAACUGUCAAAGUUUCGGUCGAACUCGAAGGGUUUCGUCUGCAAGGCUUGAAGAUGAGUUUCCAAUUAGUGAUCUUGAUGAAGAACAGGAAGUGAUUGUUUCGGCGGUUAGAAGCCGAGCUAUGGAGAAGCAAAAGAACAAGUCAAGCCAAUUGAGGGAGAGUUUUUCUUGGGUAUAUUCUCCUGCAACAAGAGAAUUGAGUGUUACUGAAAAAAUGAAACCACAUGCAAAUGAAGGAGGUAAUGAAGAACAAGGUGAAAGCGAAGAAUUUUUGUCAGUUAAAAGCUGUUUCUCAAUGUAUUCAUCUUCUAGUGCUAAUGGAGAAGCAUUUUAUUCUGUGAAGACUAACCUUUCAAGAUGUUCAAGCUUGAAUGAGUUUGAUUUGUCAGAAUAUUGGAAGCGUUCGAUAAUUCAGGAGUUUUGUCAUUGUGAGGGAUGGCCUUUUGGUCUCUGCCGGAAAGCUGUGUUGCUUCCACCGCUGCCGAAGUCGCCAUCUGAAUCUUGGUUGUAUCGAAAAAUACAACCAAGUACCAAAGUUACUUGAAGUCUAUAUUUCUGUACUUGUUUUUGUUUCAUGUUUUGAUGAAAACCAGAACUGAAAGAAUCAGAACUGGUUGAACUUUAUUGAAUAAGGACUAUAAGAAUCAGCACAAGCUUUGAAAACAGACUUGUUAUCUUGUAACAAACAAUCAAAAGUUGACUUAUUGUUAAUUUGCUAUAAAA